AUGGCAGCUGCCCUGGCAUCAAGCCCUGAGGUCGGCUCAUCCAUGAAUAUGAUUGAAGGGUUUGCCACGAGCUCGACUGCUAUCGUGAGCCUCUUUCUCUGCUCAGUCGAGAGCCCAUUCACACCCGGAAGCCCCACUAUCGAUAUCACGAGGGAGCCUGAGCCAAGCGGAGUAGACGAGGGAUUCAUAAACGGUGACAUUAGGGGAGUGAAUGUCGGUUUGCUCACAAUAACCGGAAAUCCUAGCAAAGGUGGAUUGGUUUUUCGGGUAGCCGGAGAUGGUGAUGUCACCCUCGAUGUAACCUCCCGUUUUUCUUCCCGCCAAAACGUCCAUCAGAGUCGUUUUUCCGGCCCCACUCACUCCCAUCAAAGCCGUGAGAACUCCGGGCCUGAAUGCGCCGCUAACUCCCUUCAACAGUUCCAAUUUGUCUUCACUCACUCCCUGAGCUUUCAUUUCCUGCAUAAAAUGUUUCCAAAUUAA